CACCUGGAGGACCGGAGGACACCUGGAGGACCGGAGGACACCUGGAGGACCGGAGGCCGAGUUACCGGAGGGACCCGCGGUGGCAGCGAAGACUCCUGUCUUCCUGAUGGAACCCGUUACGCACGGAGAGCGCUCGCGGCUGCGCGCAUCUUCUUCUUGACCUGAACUUGAGAAAAGAAGAAUAAGGGAGAAAGAGACAGAGACACACAGAGAGACAGAGACACACCCACAGAGACAGAAAGAGACACAGAGACAGAGAGACAGAGAGAGAAAAUGAGGAGUCGCCUCCUUGGACUGGCUCUCCUCCUCGCGGGCUGCGCGCUCUCCUCCCGCUGCUCUCCUCCCGGCACCGCGCCGGAGGCGCACUCGGAGUCCCAGGACACGUGCACGUCCUGCGGCGGCGGGGCCGCGCAGCUGGACGCGCACUUAAUGGAUGCCGUGAAGAGGCACAUCCUGAGCCGUCUGCAGAUGCGCGAGAGGCCCAACAUCACGCACGCGGUGUCCAGGGUCGCCAUGGUGACGGCGCUGCGCAAGCUCCACGCGGGAAGGCUGCGCAAGGACGGCCGGAUGGAGAUCCCCGACCUGGACGGGCACGCGAGGAGAAGCGAGGAGAUGGAGGAGAACUCCGAGAUCAUCAGCUUCGCCGAGAGAGACGACUUGGCGACGUCGAAGUCCAGCCUGUUCUUCCUGGUCUCCAGCGAGGGGAACCAGAACCUCCAGGUGACCCAGGCCACCCUCUGGCUCUACUUCAAGCUGCCGUUGCCGCCCGCCCCCUCGGAGGCCCGCCCCCGCCGCAAGCUGACGGCCAAGGUGUACUACCAGGAGCCGGGCCCGGGCAGCCGCUGGGACCUGGUGGAGAAGCGGCUGGAGCUGAGGCGCAGCGGGUGGCACACCUUCCCGCUCACCGAGGCCCUGCGCCUGGCCUUCCAGAAGGGGGAGCGCCGCCAGAACCUGGACGUGCGCUGCGAGGGCUGCGAGGGGGGUGCGGGGGCGGCGGCGGCAGCGCCGGUCCUGAUGGACCGCGACGCAGACGAGUCUCACCGGCCCUUCCUGGUGGUGCGGGUCCGGCGGUCCGACCCCGGCCACCGCAUCCGCAAGCGGGGGCUGGAGUGCGACGGCAGCAGCAGCCUCUGCUGCCGCAAGCGCUUCUACAUCGACUUCCGCCUCAUCGGGUGGAACGACUGGAUCAUCGCGCCCUCGGGGUACUACGGGAACUACUGCGAGGGGAACUGCCCGGCCUACAUGGCGGGCGUCCCCGGCUCCGCCUCCUCCUUCCACACGGCGGUGGUCAACCAGUACCGCAUGCGUGGCAUGAGCCCCGGGUCCAUGAACUCCUGCUGCAUCCCCACCAAGCUCAGCACCAUGUCCAUGCUCUACUUCGACGACGAGUACAACAUCGUCAAGCGGGACGUGCCGAACAUGAUCGUGGAGGAGUGCGGCUGCGCCUGAAACAAAUAUUUAUGGACCCUGCACGAAACAACUUGUACAUAUAUUUAUGUCUGCUGAUGUGUUUUCCUUUAUCUGCUCCGUCAAAGGGGCCUGAAGAGAUCUCCUGCCUUUGGAGAACAGCCCGUGAGGUCCUUCGUUAGACAUCUGUGAGAUAGAGACGACGUUUGACUUCCUGCCUGCGGUGAAGGAGGCCCCGCCUCUUUUAGAUAGGCGGCUUUUUCUUAGAACCCGACCCGAGGAGCCGCACUGGAGAAACUUCACCAACGUAAAGCACUUCGAACCAGGAGUCAUAUCCACACGGCGUCCUCAGAGGACGCGUUCCAAUGCGAACCCACCAGGAGGGAGACAGGCUAGAGAUACUCUGAGGUCAAAGGUGGACAUUUAGAUGAUUAAUGUUGAGGUUUAACUAUGGGGGGUUGACUUCUACUAUUAGACUUCUUCAGGCUCUAAUACGUGAGCUU